ACAGGAGGCAAUACUUGCCGGAAAACUUUCAGAGCAAGAACAAACUUCAAGCAUGGCCGAGAGACGCAUUCCCUUCACGUUCCUGCACUCCCCGUCCUGGGACCCUUUCCGUGACUGGUACCAGGGCAGCAGGCUCUUUGAUCAGACCUUUGGAAUGCCAACCCUCUCAGAGGAGCUGCCCGCCUUUCCCAGCACUCACUGGCCGGGAUACAUGCGGCCCCUCGGACAUCCCGACAUGGCCUCUUUGAUGCAGAGCCCUGCGAUGGCGCCGAUGCCCAUGCCGCCCACAGCACCCAUGAUGCAGCCCCAGAUGGUGCCCCCAACCUACGCCCGUGCCCUUUCCCGACAGCUCAGCUCUGGAAUGUCGGAGAUAAAGCAGACGCCAGACGCUUGGAAGAUCAGCCUGGACGUGAACCACUUUUCUCCAGAGGAGCUGUCGGUAAAGACCAAAGAUGGAGCGGUGGAGAUAACCGGCAAACACGAAGAGAGGAAGGAUGAACACGGAUUUGUGUCCAGAUGUUUCACUAGGAAAUACACUCUUCCCGCUGGCGUUGAUUCCGAGAAGAUCACUUCCUGUCUGUCUCCUGAGGGUGUGCUGACCAUUGAAGCUCCUCUUCCCAAACCUGCCAUCAAAGGCACUGAAAUCACCAUCCCUGUGAACACAAGCAGCACUGCAGCUUCUGGAAAGAGCGACAGCACGGCAACAAAGAAGCCUUGAGUACAAACACACUCGUAGAUCACAAUGUUACUUUGUCCUCCCUGUAAUAACUCAAAACCCUCAUAUCAGUUGUACCCACCAGUAGAACCCUAGAAAGCUUCUUUAGAAUAGUGUCUUUGGCAUUUUUGUAUUGUGAUGCAUUAAAGAAUCUGUUCUAACUGACUAUAAUAAACACCUUCUGUUCACGA